AUGGCGCAAAUCAGACGUUUCUUGGCAUUAUAUGCCUCCCUUCUGGCUUCAGUCGUAGCCGGCCCUCUGGAGCAACGCCAGGAGCCAGCGUCAACCUCUUUCGUGUUGGAGGUGACGACCAUCACCGCCGCCCCGGCAACCGUCACCAAGAACCCCCUCGACAGCACCAGAUGGGUCGAAUACCCAGGCGCCACCUGGACCGAGUACCCCUUCACGACCAGCUCGACCAGGACAUCUGGGUGCGUCACCUACUCGACCUUCUACCCAAGCGGACGCGAGGUGGUCACCAUCACCAACACCAUCAUCGUGACGGUGCGGUCCACCGUGACCGAGACGGACACCAACGUGCCCGCCACCACGGCGCUCUCUUUCACCCAGCGCACCGUGACGGCGGCGACGGGGACGACGAGGUGGAGCACGCUGUGCACCAACACGCUCGUCGAGAGCUUCUACGUCAGCUCGACCCGCACCACCGUCGUGUGGCCUUCGGCUACGGCGUUUGAGGCCGCCACCAGCACCGAGGUGUGCGUCAAGACGAGCACGGUGUCGUCGUGGGCCGACGGGCCCAUGCCGACCACGGAGCCCUACACCCCCGCCAUCGAGAGGUUCACGGGCAAGGAGACGGUCAUCAGCGUCAAGCAGGCCACGACGGCAGAUGCCACGUCGGUAGUGCCGGAUGCGACGUCGACGAGGUGGAGCGUUGUGUGCAACAACCCGACCACCGUGGUCCAGCAGACGUGGUAUACUGCGACGGUCACGCCUACUGUGACGGUCGACUGUAACGGGGAUGUGGGUGCGGAGAUGGGUCUGUUGAGGAGGAUGGAGACGGGACGGGUGGUUGUUCGCGAUGCGGGAGAGGAUUUACAGAGGGUCGAAACUCGGACGUAUCAGACCAUUGGGUUGCGUGAGGGCAACGUGGUAACGAGCAUGGUUACUGAGGUGGUUGAUUACCUCGUGGCUACUUUUACCACGGUGCAGAUGAUUGUUGUUACCGAGACUGCCAGUGCUGUGACUGUUACUAGGUGUUAG